CCUUGCGAUGCUUGCGACGGCCGCGGCUGGACGAUCUGUAGCUUCUGCAAUGGCCAGAAGACGAACGUCCAAGUGAGGAAGAGCCGAUUCUACCGCCGCUGCCCUUCCUGCAAAGCUGUUGGAGCUACGCUUUGCUCUUACUGCCGAGUCUUUCGAUGCAUUACAUUUCCAAAUGAAAGCGAUGGAACCUUAGGCCUACAGUGAUCGUUUAAGUUUAAUUUGAGGACACACGUUGAGCUUGGAAGCUGCCACAGUUCACUCCGCGUGGCAAAAGGAUCUCGUGGUAAGGCCAGAGCAGCAACGCAUAUCUAAACUUCCCGGGAGCAAUAAGUGGUCUCACAACUUUUGGAGGGCGAAGGAGAGGGCUUGUUUGGAUCGACCAAGCUACAGCAAUGGCGUCUCUCAAGGCAGUGUCAGUGACCCAUGUCAGGUACGAGGUUGGCGACGAUAUUGGGCAUAUAAUGGCGUGGGCCUCGCUACUGCCCAUUCUCAUCUCAGCGGGAUUCAUCUCCCACUUCAUCUUCCGGAGAGAGCUCCUGGCGAUGUUCUUCGCCGCUGGGCUCAUCAUGUCCGAGUUUUGCAACGAGAAGAUCAAGGAGGAGGUGAAGCAGGCCAGGCCACUGACUUGCGAGCUGCUCGAGAUGUGCGACUCCCACGGUUGGCCUUCCAGUCACUCGCAGUACAUGUCCUUCUUCUCCACAUUCAUCAGCUUGUCGGCGCUGUUCAGGUGGUCCUUCCACGGCUCGCUGAGAAGGGCGAUGGUGGUGCUACUCCCGUGGCCUUUCGCGGUGCUCACAAUGUACUCGAGGAUCUACCUCGGCUACCACACAGUGUCACAGGUUUUCGCCGGGGCCGGAGCUGGCCUGGUGAUGGGCAGCUUGUGGUACUUCGUGGUUUACAGAUUGAUGGUGCCGCUCUUCCCAGUGAUUGAGGAGACGAGGAUCGCUCGCGCCUUCUACAUCAAGGACAGCGGCCACAUUCAAAACGUUCUCAAGUUUGAGUAUGAGAACUCGCGGAGAGCUCGCAGGGGCGGGGCCACCGCCGAUGGAUCCAGCAAGCUCGUUGCUCCUCCGAGGAGCAAAGUCUCCAUUGACUAACUUUUAGUGUUAAUGGGCCCUAGAAAUUUCUAGGGUUCAGCUGAAAUGAAUAACUUAACUGGAAACCUAUGGAAA